CUAGGUGACUGAAACGCUGUUUAGGCCUUGGAAUGUGCUCACGUUCUAAGCCUAGGUAAUUUGUCGAGUUUCUUCCUUCCCUAACUCACAAUUUUCUUUGGAUGAAAGGGGGCUACUGAAGACCCAGAUAGAAAAAUCCUGGUCACCAAAGUAUUCAGUGUCAUUAAUUGGAAACAAUGACAAGCUCAGCUGGGCAGAAAAAAGGGUAUUCAAGAAUGCAUAAAUGUGGGUUUUGUAAAUCUAGUAGAGACAAAGAAUGUGGACAGCUAUUAAUAUCUGAAAACCAGAAAGUAGCAGCUCAUCACAAAUGUAUGCUGUUUUCAUCUGCUUUGGUAUCAUCCAACUCUGAUAAUGAAUGCCUUGGUGGAUUUUCUAUUGAAGAUAUUCAAAAGGAAAUAAAAAGAGGCACUAAACUGAUGUGUUCUUUAUGCCAUUGUCCAGGAGCAACAAUUGGAUGUGAUGUGAAAACAUGUCGUAGGACAUAUCACUACGUCUGUGCCUUACGUGACAAAGCUCAAAUGCAAGAGGAACCUCCACAAGGGAUUUACAUGCUUUAUUGUAAAAAACAUAAGAAACCUGGACAUAACUCUGAAGCAGCUGGCUUAGAAGAAAAUUUCAAUGAAUGUGAACUGGCACUUUCACCAGUCAAGGAAAAGAAGAUUGGGAAAGGAAAGCCAAGAAAACUUAUUUCACGAGGGCAAUCAGAAGAUACAACUUCAAAUGGGACAGAUAGAGAUCGGUCACCCCACAGAAGUAAUUCUAGUGACCCUAGACCCAAAUGUGGAUUCUGUCAUGUGGGUGAAGAAGAAAAUGAAGCAAGGGGAAAGCUUCAUAUAUUUAGUGCUAAAAAGGCAGCAGCACAUUAUAAAUGCAUGUUAUUUUCUUCAGGUACAGUUCAACUUACAACAACGUCACGGGCUGAAUUUGGUGAUUUUGAUAUCAAAACUGUGCUUCAAGAGAUUAAGCGAGGAAAAAGGAUGAGGUGUACCCUUUGUAGCCAACCUGGUGCAACUAUUGGGUGUGAAAUAAAAGCCUGUGUAAAAACAUAUCAUUACCACUGUGGUGUACAAGAUCAAGCUAAAUACAUUGAAAAUAUGUCACGAGGAAUUUACAAACUAUAUUGUAAAAAUCAUAGUGGCAAUGAGGAGAGAGAUGAAGAAGAUGAAGAACGAGAAAGCAGAAGUCAAAAAGAACUUACUGACUGUUGUGAUCCUUCUCAACAGCAACUUAGUGGAAACUGAGUAUGGAAGUUGGAAAAUAGGAUUCAGAGGCCUGAGAAACUUGACCACCAAACCAUCAGAUUUGUGACUAUAAAUGUUAGCGAGCCAGGAAUCAAACUGACUCCAGGUACCAUCUUCUGCCUACAACAUUAUGUUACUAUGUUCUUCAUUAAAUAUCAAUAAGAAAAUGCCUUUUGAAAAAAAAUAAAAUGUUUCCUAUUAUCUGAAUAUAAUUUUCCUCAAGUAGACAUAGUUAUGAAAUUUAAUAAGAUCCAACAUUUUGAAUGCUAGGCUAAGUACAAAUGAUGACUUUGUGAAACACAAAAUUAGUUCCUAUAGUCUUUUUUAUUAAAGCCUACUUUCAGAAAGGCUUACUUAAAAAUUUCUGUUUCUCCGUUUAAAUUGUUUUUGUUUCUAGGCUCUCAAAACUAGUUACCAGUAAUUGUUUUAUUUAUUUUUACCUUAGAACAGUGUUCUUUUAAAUAAGAAAAUUAUAAAAAAAUAUUCCAUUGUAUUGCCACCUACUCUUACAUUAUAUAAACAAGAAUGAUGCUUAAAAGUACUUUUUUGCUUUGAGUUCCUGAAUGUAGAUAUAAUUUGUGACUUGAGAGAUGUUUUUUCUAGCUGUUUUCUUUUUGUGUAGUUUAAAAAGUACUUGAAACAAAUUGGUUUCAUUCUUGUAAGAAAUUGCUUUUAAAUAUAAAAUUUAAAUUUAGUGUAUUCACAUUUUGUCAUAUAUCCUUAGUGCCUUACACUAUAAAAAUUAUACUUUUGUGCCCAGGUUAUUAUUUUACUGAGUGUUAAUUAUAAUAUGAUAUUAAAUAAAUUUCCUUUAGCCCUAUGAUUGCCUUUGCCCUUAGUGGUGGUUUUUGUAAACAUAAAAAAUCAUUUUAUAGUCAAGUAGCAUUUAUUUUAGUUUUUCUUGGCAUUUUCAUAUAAAUUUAUUCCUUGCAGUUUUUAAGAGUACUUUUUUGUGUCUUGUAAUCUUCCAUGAAUAUACUAAAAAUUACUUUGGAAUACUCUCAGUUUGUGGAAAUUGUAGUAAAAUACUUGCAUUUCAUGUUAUUCCUUUAAAAUGUAUAUGCACAUUAUAUGAAAUUUCUGUAUUCCCAAAUUCUCUAAUAACUUAAAAAUAUUAUACAUUUCUUCUUAGAAGUGUUAACCUGCCUGUAGAGAGGGCAGUUUAGGAAAACUCAAAAUUAACUGAAACAGUGACAUUUUAAAAAUGAAAAUAUUCUUGCUUUGUGAAAUGUGGUAAAACUGAGCUAAAAUGCAUAUUUUUUCUUUAAAUUGCUUAAAAUAUAAAAAACAAAGUGGACCCUUUGGAUUAAAAACAUUCCUCAUAAGUA